AUGACAGAGAAAGCGUCGAAGAGGCAGAGCAUCGCCGAAGCGCUGUUCGAACGGCGCCCGAAAAACUUUGGGAUUGGUCAGAGUAUCCAACCAAAGCGCGAUCUUUCACGUUUUGUGCGCUGGCCGCGUUAUGUUCGCCUCCAGCGACAGCGGAAAAUCCUUCUUCAGAGGCUGAAGGUACCGCCGGCGAUUGCCCAGUUCCAGAAAACUGCGGACAAGAACUUGACGGACUCGCUGUUCCGUCUACUAGAACGUUACCGGCCUGAGGAGAAAGUCGCCAAGCGACAACGCUUACAACAAGCCGCGGAGCGUGGUGAGACGAAACCUGACACCCCCAAGCCUAUUUUCGUGAAGCACGGCGUCAACCAUGUAACCGACUUGAUCGAACAGAAAAAAGCCAAGCUCGUGAUCAUCGCGCACGACGUCGAUCCAAUCGAAUUGGUCAUGUGGAUGCCAGCACUCUGCCGCAAACUCGACAUCCCCUACGUCAUCGUGAAGGGCAAGGCGCGUCUGGGCGCACUGGUGCACUUGAAAACGGCGACGUGUCUGGCCGUCACCGGUGUCCACGACAGAGACCGCGCGGAGCUCUCGAAAAUCAUCGAAGUGUGCAAAAUGCGCUUUAAUGACCGAUACGAAGAGAUUCGAAGGCAAUGGGGUGGUGGUGUGCUCGGAAUCAAAAGUACCCACAAGUUAGAGAAACGACGGCGGGCGCUAGCCAUCGAGGAAGCGAAACGCGCCCAGGCGUGA